GUACACUGCCUUACCUCUUAUCAGAACAAUAGGCAACCGAGCAAGGUCCAUUAGCAUUUGUAAGGACGUGGGAGAAAGGCGUGCCUGGCAUAAGAUAGAAAAUGAUCGUGAGUUCAAAUCACCUCUGCACCUGCCUUCCUUGGGACGGUCCCGCUUUAAGCUACAGCGGCAUUUAAUAAUUUCUGCAUUGAAAAUAAAGCAGUCGCACCCAUAGGAAAUAGAUGGACUCCAAAUGAAACCAAGAUUAUAUAUUUUACCGAAACAAAGACAACGCAUCUGAAUGGAACAAAAGAAAGGCGAGAAAAUCACUCAGCUAUUCGUCAACAGCAUUAUUGCUCUUACUGGAAGCACAGUGAGGGGGAGAGAAAGAGGGAGCAGCCGCCUGCGCAGGAGCUGCAACUGCGCGCGUUCAUCCAAAAGAUAGCUUUUUUUUGUUAAAACCCGCUUUGUUAAAUGAAAACGUAGACUGAUGAAGAUGAAGCGCCCGCUUGGAUAAAUAGGAGAGUGUGGGAAGGAUGCGUCUCUCCUUAGGAGCAGGUGUAUUCAGCCAAGUGGAGGCGCAGGGCACAAAGCAGGAGCAAUGCACAACAGCCACCGGACCACAACACCUGCUCCAAAGGAAAAAACAUCGUGCUUAGAUAGCCUAUACGCUGCUGUUUAACGUGCUUCUUCCCCUCAAAAUAACUCGAUUUUUUUCUUGCAACUUAUCUGGUACCAGGAGAAUGUGGGCACCGUGAAACUGAUGGACGCACAUCUCAUUUGGAAAAUACUGUAGUGAGAAAAACAAAUAAUAACAAAGGACUGUUCUGUUGGCUUCUCUUAAGACUGCUUCACUGAAAUCCUGUUCUUAUCAAUGACAGAAUCAUCUGCAAGGAUGCCCGUAACACUUUUAUCAGCGCAGUCGCUCUACAUAGGAAUGGAGGUGCUGAUUGCAGUCGCGUCUGUAAUCGGUAACGUGAUGGUGGUUUGGGCGGUGAAAAUUAAUAAGUCGUUACGAGAUAACACGUUUUGUUUCAUCGUCUCCCUGGCUCUGGCGGAUAUUGCAGUGGGAGCCCUCGUCAUCCCUUUGGCCAUUACUAUCAGCAUCGGACUCCAAACUCACUUUUACAGCUGCCUGCUCGUAGCUUGCACGGUGCUGGUGUUGACGCAAAGUUCAAUCCUGGCCCUACUGGCUAUUGCAAUUGACCGCUAUCUCAGGGUCAAGAUCCCGACCAGGUACAAGCGAGUGGUGACCCCUCGGCGAGCGGGGCUGGCAGUGGUGAUAUGCUGGACGGUGGCCUUCAUCGUGGGGCUCACCCCCAUGUUAGGCUGGAACAACCUGAAGCGCCUCCAGCAGAACGGCUCCAUCAGCUCUGAUCUCAUUAUCACCUGCCAGUUCGAGACCGUCAUCAGCAUGGACUACAUGGUCUAUUUCAACUUUUUUGGCUGGGUGCUGCCGCCGCUGCUGUUCAUGCUGGUCAUCUACGCAGAGAUCUUCUAUGUGAUCCACAAGCAGCUUAACAAUAAGAAGUUCACCACCAGUCACACAGACCCCAACAAGUACUAUGACAAGGAGCUGAAUCUGGCUAAAUCUCUGGCUCUGGUUCUUUUUCUCUUUGCCAUCAGCUGGCUCCCCCUCCACAUCAUCAACUGCAUCACGCUUUUCUGCCCUGAUAGUGAGAAACCCAUAGUCCUCCUCUAUAUCGCCAUCCUGCUCACCCAUGGCAACUCUGCUGUCAACCCAAUUAUCUACGCUUUCCGUAUUAAAAAGUUCCGCACGGCCUUCAGGAAAAUCUGGCAGCAAUACUUUUGCUGCAAGGACACACCAGCUCUGGAGAUUCAGCCCAGCGACAGGAAAGAGAUGCCCAAUCCAGAGCCACAGCAGGCUACACCACCACAGCCCCCUCAGAAGGAAAUCCAAAAAUCUAAUUCACAACAGCCAACACCACCUGAGCAGCAGCAGCAGGACCAUAGGACCGAAACACCCCAACAAUCUAAAGAACAUCCACCCUUACUGAAGCACAAUGCAGUCUAAGCCAAGGAACAGAGCUGAUCGCUGGCUGGGAAAGUAAUGAACAGUGCACGAGCAUUGGUUCUCUCCUUAGUUGAAUGUAGUCUAAUGAGGAGCAUCAUGUCCUACGAUGCUCUAGUGACUGAGACGAUCAUUUAUUCAAAUACUGGAAGAUCAUUUAUCUUUACUCAGGAGGAGUGGAUUUAGUGAGCAAAAAACGUUAUCUGAACAAAAGGUUAUCUAUUAACUUGCAAUAAUGGAAGUCUUUUUGAAAGUGACUGUCUAAGUAACAGACUGAAGACAAGCUUUUAACUGUUCAUUAUGAUCGAACAGUUGGUGUGAACGACACAAAAUGUUAUUAUAUGUUAUGUUAUUAUAAGUUAUUGUGGUUGGUCAGUGUCAGAUUAUCAAAUGUUAUAACUUGUUUAUACUGACAGUGGUUGAAGAAUAUGAAUGUAAUGGUAAUGUAAAUAAGAGACUACAGCAGCACAGCUUUGAACGCUGAGCUCUUCUUCAGGGUCUUAAUCGCACAACAGUAGCGCAAGCAGAACUAUGGGAGAGAUUUUUGCAGCAACGCUGUGUGCGUGUGUGCUAAUAGAAGGGUUUCGUAAUCUCUUAACUAUUCUCCACUAGAGCCGAGUCCCUCAGUGGACCCAGCAGCACUGAUCCAUUACUGAGGAGAUGGACAGGGAUAAGAAGCAAGCGGCUGGAGGGAAUGGGAGGUUUUAACCUUUUAGAAGCUGCGUGCAGGAGACUCGCGUCUGCAGAACCACAGCUACUCAUGUGGAAGAAAGACGAGAUGCACUUAAAGCUCAUGUUUAUCCAGCCUCCAUGCCAGCUGGUGCUGGGAGCUGGGUUUUCCUUCUUCUUUUUUCACUAAAUGGACAUAUGAUAACCAUAACACAAUUUACCACUAGGAACAGUGGCUUUCAUGGCCUUACUCAGUAUUUUAAUUAGUUUGUAGUAUGGACUAGACUGGAAAAGACAACCAAAAGAUUGUGAGUAUCUUAACUACACUGUAAGCUCAACAUUUUGCAUAAUGCCAAACUGUCGUAAUUAAACAAUGUUCAAUGCCACUGACAUAAAAACACUGUUUGAGAAUG